AUGAGGUUGGCGGAGGAGGAAACGAAACAGAAGGAGGAAGACAGAAGGCUCAGAAGAGAGGUAAAUAUUCGGAGAAUGGAACACAAGGAAGAUACGGAAGAACAGCUCAGAAGAAGAACACAGCAGCAAAAGUACGCGAUUGGAAUCAAAGGACGAGUGGGGCCGAUGAUUGAUAUGUGCUCGUCUGACCCGCGAAGGAUUGCACCAUAUUUCCAGCUCAUUGAAGGCGUGUUUGACAAGUUUCAAGUUAAGGACAGUUUGAAUGUUGAAAUAUUGCUAUCCAAAUUAGAUGUAAAAAUGAGGAAUGUGAUGAACGAACUAAAUAAUGAUGAGCGGUAUGAUUACGAGGUGGUGAAACAGCAUAUACUGCAACGAUGUCGUUUCUCUCCUAUGAAACUGCGGGACGAGUUUUGUGGAUCUAGGAAAUCGAAGGAUGAGACCUUUCCGGCAUUAGCUGCCAGAUUACAUAGUUACCUCAGACUUUACUUCCAAAGCCGGCAAGCCGAAUCAUUUGAUAGAGCGUUGUCACUUCUAGAUAAGCUGAACUCGAGAUGGCAGAAAACGGAGACAAAAAAGGGGCCAGUGUCAGUAAGUGGUUGUUAUAGCUGUGGUAACACCGGUCAUCUUGCCGAGCAUUAUCCAAAGAGAAUAAAGAACGAACCAGUAAAACGGAUCAUGAAAUGCAAGGUGAACCAGAUGUUAGAUGGUACAGUGAAUGAACAGGCCCAGGAUGGAGUUGGUAAAAGGGUGCAAGUUGGAAAAUUUUUCAAAAGACCCUUUGUGAAGGUCCAGGUACAGGGGAGACAAUUCUGUCAUGCUCUGGUGGAUAGUGGAGCCGAGGUAUGUUGCAUCAGUAAAAAAUUAUUUGAUGCUUUAAAUCUAGAGCGGAUGGGCCAACUACGGAUUGUAGGAUUGGAUGGACAGAGUAAGAAGGUUGACGCUACCUGGGUAACUGUGACUCCCCAAAUAAAACACUGUGAAGUCAUUGCACCAAGUGUGGAAGUUAGGUGUGCCAUUAUACCAGAUGCCCACGAAAAGCUACUUAUCACCCCCGAUGUAGUUGAACGUUUGAAGGGGACAGAAUAA